AGCCAUACAUCCAGGAGCACACAUAUAAGCAUCACAUAUUAAAAAAAAAGAGAGACAGGGAACCCGCAGCGCCGCCUUCUGGUAGAUCCAGUGAAUUGGGAGACACAGAUUUGUUUAAGCAAAGCUUUCAUUCCAUUUGUACACCGUUUAACUGGGAGUCAAAAACACACCCAGAUGGCGCUCUUUUUAGAGCUGAUUUAACAUGAGUUUGUUUAACGUGUCUGUGUGUGUGUGUGUGUGUGUGUGUGUGUGUGUGUGUGAUAGGAGAGAGAGAGAUUUGAAUUUAAAAUACCCUGUCUCAUUUGUAAUUGGAGUGAUGAUGAUGUCAAUCAAAUUAGGGUCAUUGAACGUUUAUCUUUCUCUAUGAAACACACACACACACACACACUGGAGAGGACUCCACAGCUGAUGUGAUAUUAGUAUUUAAUUACUCAUCAAACCUUGUCAGGAGCUCAGUCGAUCCGGCCACUAGUUUAUCCACAGCAUGAUUGAACCCUGACCUCAGGAGCCUGUCCCGCCUCCAUGGCCUGACGUGCCACGGAGACAGACCUCCUGUCGUCUGACCUCCUGUCGUCUGACCUCAACACGAAGACAGACGAAGGAUGGAUUUUUUUGUGAAAACGUCUGUUUUGCAUCUUGACAAUUUGACUGAAUCAUUUAGGAGUUUUUCUUUACUAUGAAAACCUGAUGAAAAUCAUCAUCACCAUGAUGGAGGUUUUAAACAAAUGUGACACUCUGUGAUGUCACAGUGAUGUCAUCCCCUGUGGUGGGACAGGGUAGAUUUAUAAGAGGAGGACCUGAGGACUGAACAUAGAAGAUCUGACUCAGGAAGCUGUGUGAUGAAAACUGUCCUCCCUUGUCGUCAUGACUACAGAAGGACCAGUGUUCCUGCUGCUGCUGCUGCUGUCAGGUUGGGUGGUGGACUCUCACCUUCAGGGUGACACUGGGGACAGGCGUUUCCACAUGGUCGACUCCAGGACGACCUGGAGUGAAGCUCAGGGACACUGCAGAGAGAACUUCGAUGACCUGGCCACCAUCCAGGACGCCCAGGACAACACUGACGUCCAACAGCUAGUCCAAAGUGGGAAGUUCUGGAUUGGACUCUACAGACCCCCGUGGAGGUGGUCUGAGGGCGACCAGGUCGUUCACCUGGACUCUUGGUUCGACAACUGGGGCACGGAUGAGCCGGGGCCUGGGGGCUGUGUGGGCAUGUGCACACACUCAAGGUGGAAAGUCAGAGACUGUGAAGAAAAACACUUCUCCAUCUGUUACAGUGCGACGCUAAAAGAGCACAUCCUGGUCCAGGAGCUGAAGACCUGGUCUGAGGCCCAGCGGUACUGCAGGGACACGCACACGGACCUGAGCAGCGUCGUGAAUGAGCAGGUCAACAAACUGAUCGGGUCAAAGCUCUCUGCUCUUCAAGACAUCGAAGGAACGAGCAACGAUCCUCUGACCUGGAUUGGUCUGCACAGGGACGGGUGGACGUGGUCAGAGGACAACAACAGCACCUACAGGCACUGGGCAGAAAAAGAACCCGACUUGAACGACGAAACCAAACGCUGCGUGAUGGUGGACGUUGACUCGAAAUCAGCUGAUUGGCACAAUGAACGCUGUGACGAAAGUGAACGCUUCCUGUGUCAGUCGUUAGUUGUAUCUUCAUCACUGAGGAUCAUGAAGAUCAGAGUCAGAACAGCAUCUGCGGACCUCCACCAGCCACACUUUCAACACGCCAUCAUUCAGAAGCUGCAGCAGGAGCUAGAAGAACGGGGUGUGGAGGGGCAGGUGAAGCUCAGCUGGAGGACACACCCUGAUGGGAAAGUGUUCCACAGACAGGAGCAGCAGGAAAAAGAGAAAACGCCCCCUGUUGACUGUCAAAGGAUGGAGCUCUGAGUCGGUUCCAGAGGCGACGAUUGAAACUCUCUUCAAAUCUACUUUUUUUUAAAAAUGGAAAAUAGUUUUAGACACGUUCAUCCUCAGAGCCUCCUGAUUACAUGAUUGAAUCAUGGAGGAGAUGGAGAGAAAUUUUCUUCUUCUUCUUCUUUCCACAUACUCUUGUAGUUCGACAAAAAAUGUAAUAAAAUAAAGUUA